AUGCCACUAUUUGGUUUGGACAGAGAACUAGCCGACAAGGCUGCUGCCAAGUUCGAUCCAGAACGAGAGCGAGAAGCCGUCAAAUGGAUUCAAGACGUAACUGGAGCUCAAUUUACAACAUCAUUCCAGGAAACACUCAAAGAUGGGACCCUACUCUGCCAACUAAUUCAGAAACUGGCGCCAUCAGAAUCAAACCUGAAAUACAAAAAGUCUCCCAUGCCGUUUGUACAGAUGGAGCAAAUCAAUACAUUCCUCAAAGCUGCUGGGAGAUUGGGAGUGCCAGAUCAAGAACUCUUCAUGACGAUUGAUUUGUAUGAAGGGAAGAAUCUGCCUCAGGUUAUCGACUCGUUGUAUUCGCUUUCAAGACACGCUUCCUCGAAGGGCUUCUCUGGUCCCCAGCUAGGCCCCAAGCUCCAUACAUCCCACUCUGUCGAAUUCACUCCUGAACAAAUGAAUGCUGGUAAAAACAUUAUUGGCCUGCAAGCAGGAUUCAAUGGCGGUGCCAACCAAUCUGGAAUAUCAUUUGGAGCAACACGUCAACUUGUUACUGAAAACGCAUCCAAGCCUAUUGAUACGUCUACUAUACCUGCUCAAGCUGGAUUUGUAGGUGGUGCGAAGAGUGGGGUGGCAUUUGGUGCUCGUCGUGAAAUUGGAGGUGCUGAUCCUGCUAGACGUUGA